AUGAACACCAACUUCCCCACUGUGACUAUCGAUGUCGUGCGACUGUUCGGGACUGUGAAGCCGCAGACAUUCGAGGUGCUCGACGUCACAAUGCCAGGUGUUACAGAUCCUGAGAUGGAGCAACUUGUGACUGAGAAAGUGGAUAUCUUUUGGAAGGGCAUCGAAAGUGGAGCGAAUAAGCGUGGUCAGAUAAUCGUGACAUUUUCGGAGAAAAAGGCAAAGAAGUCCUGGUUUCAGGUAUAUGUCGGGGAGGAAGAAGUGCCAUGGGAACAAUGGAUUGUAAAUGCCGAGAUGCGACAACCCAAGUCAGAUCGAGACCGGCAGGAAUUCAAUGCAAAUCUUGCGUCGACGCUUUUAAAGGCUUUGAACGUGAUGCUAACACAUACCUCGUCGGAGCACGGGCGCACGGCAGUUCCUCUCAUCACGAAUGCAACAGGGAUAUCUCCGUUUCCAAUCAGGAUCGCUGUUAAAGUUGGCGGGGUUGAGCUUGGCUAG